GCAGAUGAAAGCUUUACGGUUACUUCACCCGGUUGAGGGGGAAUGUUGACGGUGUAACACCAGACCAGCGACACAGUCUUUUCGCAUCUUUUAGCUAACUGUUCGCUUUUUAACAAUUUUAAAUUGGUUAGUUUAACAUAAUUUAGCGCAACUCCAAUGAGUGCCAGAGAGCACAAUGAUGAAAGCAGCAAACGGAGAGUGGCGUACGUCUACAGCCCGGAGUACAUCGAGACUUGUGACACUUUAUCCAAAGUCCCAAACAGGGCGAGUAUGGUCCACUCCCUGAUAGAAGCUUAUGGACUGCUUCCACACAUGAGCGUUGUGAAACCUCAAGUUGCCACGAUGGAAGAGAUGGCCAUGUUCCACACAGACUCCUACCUGGAGCAUCUGCACAAGAUCAGCCAGGACGGAGACAACGAUGACCCCCAGUCAGUCGACUACGGCCUGGGCUAUGACUGUCCUGUGGUGGAGGGCAUAUUUGACUAUGCGGCAGCAGUAGGGGGCGCUACUCUGACGGCAGCCGCGUGUCUGCUGGACCAAAAGUGUGAAGUGGCCAUUAACUGGGCGGGAGGCUGGCACCAUGCUAAAAAGGAUGAGGCUUCAGGGUUCUGCUACGUGAACGAUGCUGUGCUGGGGAUCCUCAAGCUGAGGGAGAAACAUGAGCGGGUUCUGUAUGUGGACGUUGACCUGCAUCAUGGAGACGGUGUGGAGGAGGCCUUUAGUUUCACAUCCAAGGUUAUGACGGUUUCUCUGCACAAGUUUUCUCCCGGAUUUUUUCCCGGCACGGGCGACGUCUGUGACACGGGGCUCGGAAAAGGCCGUUGGUACGCUGUGAACAUCCCACUGGAGGACGGCAUCCAGGACGACAGAUACUUCCAGGUUUUCACCAGCGUGAUGCAGGAAGUGCGGUCGCAGUUCAACCCGGAGGCCGUACUGAUGCAGCUGGGCGCCGACACCAUGGCGGGCGAUCCCAUGUGCUCCUUCAACAUGACCCCUGUAGGGGUGGCCAAAUGUCUGCUGCACGUCCUGCAGUGGCAGCUACCUACCCUGCUGCUGGGAGGAGGAGGUUACAACCUGGCCAACACGGCCCGCUGUUGGACGUUCCUGACCGCAACGGUCCUGGGAAAGACGCUGUCCUCAGAAAUACCCGACCACGAGUUUUUUACAGAGUACGGACCAGACUACUCGCUGGAGAUCAGUCCGAGCUGCAGGCCAGACCGCAACGACAGCAAACACCUGGAGCGGGUCAUCAGCACCGUCAAAGGAACGUGUGGUGCAGAUGAGCGUUCUUGAAGCAGAAAGAAUGCAAACGGUAUGGGGGACAGAAGAAGGAAUAAUAGCCUGAAGAUGAACACGACUGGCAUGUCUUGAUGUUGCAGCUGAGCUUUAUCUGCAGCAAGAAGCCAUAAAUCAGUCGCACCAGUAAACCAUCCUGUCAUAGUGGGUGUGGGAGGUUUGGACGUUUGCAGCAUCUGGGCUCAUUUGCUGCUUUGUUUCUUGUAGUUUUCUACAUUUUCCACUUUAUCCUCUCAGUGGAAGGAACACCAAGUAAUGCAGUUUGUCAUCGGAAUAAAAUAAAAUAAAAAAAAAAACGCAAUAAAGUUGUUGUUUUUUUUUUUUAUUGUCUGAUGGCUCCGAGUCUUUACAGUAUUUUCAAAGUUUAGUCAGUUCACGCUAUGCCCUCUCCCUGAGGUGAAGAAGCUGCAGCAUUCUCUACAUAUUUGUAGGCCUGAACACCAGACCGGUCGGUAUUAAUGUUUAUACUUCAGAACUGCCAGUUGUUGUUUCGAUAAAGCCGUUGUUCACUGUACUCGGGGAACGUGACGGGGGACUGCACUGACAGCUCCACAAUGGCCGACAAACAGGACAUCCUCCCUCGGUGCGUCAGGGCAAUUACUCAUCCAUCCCCUCUAAGUGCACGUGCAGCGCGUUUGUUUUUACCAAUCGGAGAGCUUCAGCAUGACAAAGGACCAACAAUGCGACAU